GGCAACCUCUCGAGCUAUGCUGCAUCACCAUCGCAACCAGCAGCGGAAUUAGUACAUAGCCCACCGCAACCCCAUCUCGUUCGAUUACGCAAAGAGUCAAAAGAAGUCAUGAUCAGCUCAAUCGUUGCUCUCGUAGUCUGCUAUGGCGCUCUGGCCCUUGCCGCCGUCACACCUGUACUCACGCCUGGCAAAGUCUUCACCGAGAGAGGUGUUGCCGCCCAGAAAUGGCAGGUCAAUUUUAUUGGCGUUGCUGUCAUCCCGUACAACAACGUAGACACCAAUCAGUGCAACCUAGGCGGUGGCAGUGGAUCGGUGGCAAGCUACCAGAUCACUGUCUACGCGGAUAAUUCGAUUCAGCCAACCAUUGUUCGCGCUCAGCCCACGACUACUUACGUCAACCAGCACGGCUUCAGUGCAGGUUUCUGGAAAUUCGAGAUCAGCUCAGCCGGCACGUUGACCACAAAUUGGCAAUGCUGUAGCUGUGUGCUUGUUGGUGAUUUCUUCAUUCCCCCGCCAGGAUCGAUCGCACAGCCGAUCAAGCCCAACACCAUCGUAGGCGAGCAGAUUUGCUCGCCUAACGUCGGCGCAAAUAAUGUCGAUUGCAAGUCUCUCGGAGUCACGAAACCGUUCAGUCAAGUCACGGUCAAGUCAGGCUCGCAGUCGUCCAUCAGCCCUAUUGAUGGCUGAGCGACCGUGACGCCACGUCGCAAUCUGUCCGCGUUGCCAUGCAGACCCUGCUUUGCUUUUGAACAUCGCGAUUCGAUCUGAGCUCAUCGCAAGGUCGUG